CAAAUGGAGCUGCACAUAAACUAAGAUCAGAGUGAAAAAUUAUAUUAGUGGUCUUUCCCAACUUUCCCCCAAGUACAAGCGACUGUCUCCGGUCAAAUGGCGUCAGCUCCGAGCAGGGUUCUUGUGAUCGGAAGCACCGGCUACUUCGGCAAGUUCAUGGUAGACGCUAGCAUCAGGCUUGGCCAUCCCACAUUCGCCCUCGUCCGCGAAAGCACACAGGCCUCCGACCCUGAGAAAGCCAAGCUCAUUGAAUCCUUCAAGUCUCGCGGCGUCAAUCUUGUCUUUGGGGAUGUUUACGAUAAGGCGAAACUGGUGGCGACAUUGAAGCAGGUGGAUAUUGUGAUCUGCACGCUCAGCCAUCGUUCGCCGCAUCUUUACGAGGAUGAGGUUAUGCUUAUUUUGGCAAUCAAGGAAGCCGGGAAUAUUAAGAGAUACAUCCCAUCUGAGUUUGGUUUUGAUGUUGAGCGUCUUGAUAUAAUGGAGCCAGCCAAAAGCCUCCUUGGGGUUAAGGCUAGAGUCAGGCAGCGUAUUAGAGAGGAAGGUGUCCCCUAUACUAUUGUCUGUGGUGCACUUGCUGCUAACUGGUAUUUCUUGCCAAGAAUAGGCCAAGCCGGAGUCUCAGGUCCACCUACUGACAAAGUCUACAUAGUGGGGGAUGGCAAUACCAAAGUUUCAUUGGUUGGAGAAGAGGACACUGCGACGUACACGAUCAAAGCUGCUGAUGAUCCAAGAACUCUGAACAAGAUCAUGUAUUUGAGGCCUCCGGGCUGUGUCAUAACUCACAAUGAGAUGGUUGAUCUUUGGGAGAAGAAGACUGGCAAGAAAUUUGAGCGGAUCUAUAUCCCUGAACCAGAGGUCAUUAAGAAAAUCGAAGAAGGUCCUCCUGAUGUGAGAGGUAGUUACAUGAUUGCCCAUGCUGGGUUUUUGAAGGGACAGACUAUGAUAGAUAUUGAUACGUCAUUUGGAGUGGAGGCUUCUGAGCUUUACCCUGAGGUCAAGUACGCCUCCAUUGAUGAGCUUCUUGAUCGCUCUCUGUAGAGUUUUAGAGGUAAGUACUUCAAUAUAUAAGCAUUUGAAUUCCUCAAUGUGGCAAAAUGUGCUUUAGCCUGCAUGCUUGUAUCACGAUGGACUUGUUUGGCCUUUAGUAUACGUUAUCUUUGACUAAAAUCUGGGAAACUCAACUAAAGACAAAUGUUUGCCAGAUUUUAUGUUUAGGUGAGUGUCUAUUUGGGGUUGUUGCAGUUGUUGUAAAAGUAGUUUGGCUCCGAAAAUUCUGACCACUCCCAGGACUCUUUGUGCAUUUAUUUAUUUUUUUGUUUUUGCAUUGAGACAACUUUGAAGGGUCAAAUAUUCAAAAGGUAGUUUGGAUUGUAAAUAAAAUAGUACCCAACGUUUUCACUC